AUGGAGGAAAGUGAAACGAGACCCCAGCCAGUUCUUUUUUCAAACGAUGAUCGAAUAAAAGAGAGCAAUCUGGGCAUUGAAGUGUCGCAAGAUUUUCAGUUAUCGACUACGAGUGUUGAUUUAUUCUUCGAAGUUGACUCAACGGUUUCCUGGAUCAAAGAGAAUAACUAUCAACGAGUGGCCUUGCAAUUUCCGGAUGCCUUUCUACAUUACGCAAGUGGUGUGAGCAGAAUAAUUGAGGAUCGAUCGUCGGCGAAGACAUUUAUACUAGCUGAUACGUCAUAUAGAAGCUGUUGUGUCGAUGAAAUCGCAGCCGCACACGCAUCAUGUGACUCAAUUGUACAUUAUGGCGAUGCUUGCUUGAGUAGUCCUUCUACGAACAUCCCAGUUAGAUAUGUUCUUGGGAGACUUCCUUUUGACGUUGAUCAAUUUGUGAGUACAAUUCGCGAUCAAAUCACGGAGAUUUCCACGGAAGAGCAAAUUAUCUUUUUAACCGAUGCCCCAUAUGCUUAUGCAAUAGAUGACUGCUUAUUAAAACUUUCAUUGGCAGGACGCCACCCAACAAUUGUGGCUAAAGUAGCUACUUUGGGAACUCAACUUUCAGAAAAUGAGGAAAUGGUGUUAGGACGAGUAUUGCCUAAAUCUGUUGCAAGUGCUACCGAAUCCUCGACCAUUCUCUUCAUUGGCGAUGAGAAGAGCCCGCUGUUGCCAUUAUUUCUCCUCACCUACCCACAUUGCUCAGGGAUACUUCACUAUGAACCAAAUCAAGGAGCGACUUCAUUUGACAGGUGUUUAUUUUUCAUU